AUGACAGAGGUAAAGACGCAAAACGCGAUUUCCCUCAAAGGAUCGGCACAACUCGUCAAAGAGUUCUUUGAUUUCGGUCUAAGCAGUAUUCUCUAUCAACGUGGAUUGUAUCCGAGUGACAGUUUUAAACGGGAGAAGAAAUACGGACUGGCGUUGUUCGUUACGAACGAUAAGAAGCUUGAAGCAUUCAUGAAGCCACUUUUGAAACAAGUCGAGUAUUGGCUCGCAAAAAAACAGCUGAAACGGCUGGUGAUGGUGAUUUCAGAGGUGAAGACGAAGGCGGUCGUCGAGAGAUGGCAAUUCGAUAUUCAUACGGAAGAUGUUGAUGAGGAUGGCGAAAACGCGCAUCGCACGAAGGAUCAGAAGACGAUUCAGAAAGAGAUUGGAGAUGUUCUUCGCCAAAUCACAGCAUCAGUGUCAUUUCUUCCACUUCUCGAAGAGCCAGUCUCAUUCGAUGUGCUCAUUUAUACUGGAAAAGAUACACAAGCACCAGAGGAUUGGACUGAAUCAGAGGCACAUCUUAUUCAGGAUGCUGAGACGGUGCAACUCCGCUCAUUCUCGACUGCGGUUCACGGUGUGAACACGAAUGUACAAUACAGAUCGGAUUACUAA